AUGAUUCUUGAGAAUGAUCGAAUCAAUCCAAUAGCAUACAAAAUUUUGGACAGAAUUGGAGAUGAAUUUACAAAUCUCUGUGGGACCCAAAAUGUUACUAAAUAUAUUGAUAAAUUGAAUGAUUUAAUUUGGAAGAGUCAUGUCAUAACUUUGGACAGAUUACUUUUAUGUCUGACUCUGAGAGCUUACGAAGGUAAUGAAGCCCAAGUUUCUUUGUUUAUCAUUCAAAUGUUAUUGCUCAAAACGACUGAUUUUUCCAAUCGAGUUGCUGAUUUUGUCAGAGAAAUGUCUCCGGAACACUGGAAGCAAUCAAAUUGGCACAGAAACCAUCACGCUUUACACAGAAAAUAUCCAGAAAAAUUUUAUUUCGAAGGACACGCAGAUAUAAGUGGUCAAAAUAUGCAACAUUCAUAUCUGCCAACUUAUUUUAGCAAUAUUUGUCUUCGUUUUAUACCUGUUCUUGACUUGAUCAUUCAUCGCUAUCUUGAACUGCCACCAGGAUCACCAAGUCCAUUGAUUGACUCAUUGCUAGAGAAAUAUGGUUGCCUUGAUAAAUUUCAUGAUCGUCCAUUAACCUAUUUGUAUGAAACAUUACACUAUUAUGAGCAUAAAAUGCGAGAAAGACCCACACUUCGACGUAAACUUGUUUCAAUCAUAAUUGGUGCUUUUAAAGACAUUAAACCAGCGAACUGGGCUGUUACUGACGCAUACUUGAAUUACAUGAAGCGUCCUGUUGAAGAUUUAGCCUGGAAUCCUGAGUUAGACUAUUAUUAUAAACUAAUUAGUAGAGUAGUUGAUACUUUUCAAGGUAAAUCUCCAUUUCCACAUGUUGAUUGGCGUUUCAAUGAAUUUGCCAAUGCUGGUGUUCAUGCUCUUCAUAUUACAUGCAUUGAACUCAUGGCAUUACCAGUGGCUGCCAAUGUCGUUGCCAAUAAUUUGAUUGAUCUUGUUGUUGUUGGUCACAAAUACAUUCCAAGAAAUACUAUCGAGUUCUGGAACAAUGCGAUUGGUGUUGUAUUAACAGCUUUACCAGAAGCAUACUGGUCUGUUAUCAAUGAUCGGAUCAUAAGUAUGAUGGAAAGUCCUCUUUUAACUUAUUCACCUCACCCUGAACCAUUUCAAAUGAUGAACUUUUCUGAUAGCCAUAAAUCUAUGUCAGAAAUGCAACCAAGUUAUUCAAUUGCUUUAAUUGCUUCGUGA